AUGGCUCGUUUCCGCAUUCCCGUUUUCCGCGUCUUCUACAGUCUGACCUAUACGAUCCUCUACUUGCUCACUCUUGUUCUCCUCGCGAUUACACCCGUGUCGAUGAUAUGGUCGAGCAUCGAACAGAGCGCCCUGCAGUAUACGUUCAUGAUCGGCGGCACCUACAUCCUCACCAUCAUCACUGCCAUCUUCAUCUACAGUUCCCGGCUUUACACCAACCGCUCCGUCCUGGCCGCGGUGGGAAAAUCAUACGUUCCCAUCGAGGAUGAAGAAGUCAAUCGUGCCGUGCGCAAGAUGAUUGUGAAACAAUUGCAGAGGAGCGCCAUUGUGGCGUGGGAGGGUCGGCCGAGAGAUCUUCAUGGAGAGAUCCUGCGUGCCGAACAGGAGGGACUCCUGCCACACGAGGAGGAAGUGAGGGCGAAGYACACUGUUGGAACAGAAGUGAGGGUAGAUCCCGACAAUCCGCCUUGGGGAGACAUCCAACAUCCUGGAUGGUCUUCGCCCAGUCAUCGUAGUGACAACGCAAACCCAGAUGUGCAGUUCGCAGACGUGAUAGCAGAACUGCCGCAUCUCAUAGAGGCGAAAGCUGUGUCGCUUGCUCCUUCUGACCCUCUUCUUACGCCCGUCGAAGGAGGACAAGCCUUACCGGCAGAUCCCAUCGUGGUGGAGCUCCUGCAGCGGCCAGGCAACAUGGCAAUGCGCGAGUACCUCACUCAGCUUUCAUACUUGGGCCUUAUAAGACCAGCAUCUGCGGGACAGAAUUUCCUCGCUCGGUACGAGGGUGCACGUUUCUCAAACGAUCCCAUCACAUCGGAGGAGUUCAACAGUCUAAUGACUGCCUUCGCCGAUCUGCUCUCAGGCAUGACCGCUCUUGAUCGCAGAAUCGUGGAUGAAAUCCGUAUGCAGAAUGGCGGCGAAGAGGACCUACCGAGUCAAUACAUUGAUGUUCCCUCGCGAGUCUCUACUCCCAUCAGUCCAGUCACGGCCCGCUCGCGUCCAUAUCUGCAGCCGAUGUCCAGUGAGGAGAGCUUUGCAGGAUCUGUACUCCACACAACAUCUCCAUCACGAGCGGCUGGUCAAGCUCUGCUUUCCAGGAGCGUGACAAGCUUGCCAAGCGACGCGGGAAGCGUCGUCAGGCACGACAUAGAUGAUGACGAUGGGUGA